UGCAAAGUCUGUCUCUUCCUCCUUUGUACCUAUUCAAACAUUACCGGAACAAGCAGAGCUGAGACAAUUAAUCACUUCUUUUGACAGUAUUGACGAUGCAAGAUACUUUGCUGCGAAUGCUUGUGCUGGCUCUGGGUCUCCUGACGAUGGAUGACCCCAGGAUUGAGGAAAGGGAUGAUAUCACAACAAUGGGCCUGCAAGAGCUAGAAGAGAUGCUGCUGAGAGGAAGAGAGAAACUGGACCACGAAAUGGUACCUGUCAGUGAGGAAACUGCACAUACGGACAGCAGAGGGCCUUGGGAUGAUCAACAUGAUACUGAAGAAGAUAAAAUGUCAGUCCUAGAAGAUGUGACUAUCACCAAACAGGAUUCAAAGGAAGAUGAUCGUGACUCACAAGGAGGGGAACAUUUUGUAGCAAAUUUGGAUCCACAAAAUCCCAAAAGUGAACCCGAGACCACUCUGAAGACAACACAAAUUGACCAGGAGCAAAACAGAAACUUACAGCUGGACAUGAAGAGUAAAGAGGGAGAAGACAUCCAGACUGAUAGCACUUUUAGAGACCCUAGCAGACAAGGGCAACAAGAAAACCCUGUGGGGAAGGAGGUGAAGAAGAAAACUUGUGCGACAUAUUUCCAUAAGGGCCGUGCUCGUCUUCUUUGCAUCUCUGAACAUGGAACUUUAGAAAUGCCCCAUGACGACUGGGAAUAUCUCUGGUACAUAUGGAACACACUCUCCAUCAUUUUCAUGGUCCGCUUCUUUAGGAAAUACCUUAGGAGAAACUCCCAAGUGAAACUAGAAGAAACCAGGGUCCUCCCAGUGAAAUGCAGAGCAGCUGAGGUGCCGCUACCAGACAGUGACACUCUGCAGCGAUUUUAUUCUAAAUGUAUUCAAGUUUCAUCCGAUAACAAGUGGAAGGAUUUUUUGGAAGGCUUUGCAAAUGAUCUUCUGGAGGCAAUGAGGACUGUCUGUGAUAGAAAUGACAGUAUGGUGAUUGAGGACUUUCAGGUGGUGGAUGGGUGUGACAUCAUCAUCCCAUUUAACCCACCUGACCCCUUUAGUUUUCAGUGUCUGCUCUGGAACAAUCAGGCAAGUGACGUGCUGCCAGAUAUGCAAGCCUGUGGUCAAAUCAAACUGGUGGAAAAUAAGAAAAUACAAACUGGCUGCCCUUGUCAGUCUCCUAAUUCAGAUGAUAUGGUGUGCUUGCUUCACUGUGAGAGUGAAAAAGUAAAGACGAAAAUCACUGAUGCACACAAUGGUCUACUUUGCAUGAAGAACUCCCCGUUCCUGUCAAAAUCACAGGUGACCAGGUGGUUUCAGAGCACUAUCAAACAGGCCUGGGAUCAGAUUUCACAUAAGUAUGAGUUUGAACUGAACAUUCGCUACGUCAGUGCUCCAGGUGCUCUGGUAGUUCGAUUCAGAUCAGGAAAGAAGAUCAUCUUCAAUAUGAAUCCUGUGGUUGAAGUCUGCACUGAUGCCCAUUUCUUCAUUACUCCUUGCUCCCCAAACAACUUGGACACUUUCUGGACACUCUCCCUGACCAACUAUGAAGAUCGUUUUUUAGAAAACAUCUCUAAACACCUGCCUAAAAAUGCAUGCCACAGUCAAACUCUUGAAAUUGCACAUUUCCUUCACAAAAGACAGACAGCACUGUCCGGGAGAAGUGAGCUCAAAGAGUUUCAUUUCAAAAUUGCACUAAUGCAUCUGCUUUUGACUAAAGACCCAUCGCAGUGGAAACCCAGCCAUGUGGCUUGUAGGCUAAGAGACUUACUGGCCUUCAUGGAGAAAAGCCUUGAGAAGAAGCUCCUGCACCAUGUUCUUAUUGGGAACCCUUUAACUCAGAGCAUUAUUGAACUUCCUGCUGAGUUUACUCAAGCAAAGACAGUGAAUCUCUUCCAUCCCCUUGUGGUGCACAACUGUAUCUACAGAGACACUGUUACACAUUUUCAGGAAAUGCUUAGAAAUGCACACAUGCUGAUACAGGAUUAUGUUGAGUGCAGUGACAGUUGUUCCAUUUAGAAAAAUGUUAGCUGACUUUGUUUAUGGCAAUAAAUUAGUUAUGCCAUUGCUUCUUGCAAGGAUAUAGGUUGUUUGAGGUUUGGGGGCUGCAUCCAGAAAAUUUGAGUCUCAAACACUUAAUUUUCUGCUUUCAGUUUAUACAGCGAAUAACUUCAUGGUGUAGGGCCUUGUCAGUAUAUUCCUCUGCUUCAGGUUUUAAUGAGGGGACAAAUAGAUAUGUACAGAACAAAAGAAAAGCCAAAAAGAUUAAAGAGCGAUAAAAAAAAAAAAAAA